UGGAAAGAAAUUUGAAAUGGGAGGACCUUGGGGUGCAGCUGGGCUGUCCAUCUUCUUCAUCUGCUUGACGUACUAUCAGGCAGAAAAAUGUGUCACAGGUGAGUGGAGUCUUUUCCGGAUUCCAAAAAUUAGUUUGGAUUUCCGACACUGGCUCGACUUGACAAGUUCCUUUUGGCUGAUGGCAUGGUUCAUGGUACAGAUUUUUCUGUAUACUGUUCCAGUUGGGAAAAAAGGCCAUGGACCAGCACUAAAAGGAGGCAAUAAAUUGGAGUAUCGACUGAAUGCUUUGUUUGUAUUGGACGUAAAUCUUCUUGGUCUCAUCGUUGCCUUCUUCAUUGGAUUACCCAUUAACACCUUGAUCAAGAACAUGUUGCAUCUGCUAACAUCCGGGAUCCUAGCAUGUAUUCUGCUGAGUUGUGUAUUAUACUUCAGGGCCGAGUAUGUGGAAGACUGGAAGCUGAAUCCAAAUGGGAAAACAGGUCACAUGUUUUACGAUUGGUUCAUUGGAAGAGAACUGAAUCCUCGUUUUGGACAAGUUGACUUGAAGUAUGUCAUGUUCCGUAGCGGAAUCAUUGGUUGGAUGUUGAUGAACUUUGUCAGCUUGAUUCUGGCAUUCGCAGAGAAAAAAAUGUCUGUUUCUCCGAACUUGGUUCUGUUAGUUUUAAUCCAGUUGUUUUAUGUACUGGAUUACUUCUGGUUUGAGGAGGGGAUUCUUGUGUCACGUGACAUAGUACAUGAAGGUCUUGGAUUCAACAUAUCCAUGCAGCUCCUAAUGAUUUCAUUCGGAUUUUGUACCCAAACGAGAUAUUUGGCUACAACUGGAUAUUCUUCGUCAUGGACGACGUUGCUUAUAAUCUUUGUUAUUUACGCAACUGGAUACUGGAUUUACAGAGCCAGCAAUCUGGAGAAAAAUAAAUUCCGACAGAAUCCUGAUGACCCGGCAUUGGCAUACUUGAAGACAAUGCCAACAGAAUCUGGAAAAUGCCUGCUGAUCUCGGGUUGGUGGGGAAUGUGUAGACAUCCAAAUUACCUGGGGGAUAUGUUAAUAUCUUUAAGUUACUCUUUAUGUACAGGUUUCGGACAUGUGGUGCCCUAUCUGUCUUUCUUCUUUCUAUUACUGCUGUUGAUUGACAGGGAAAAACGAGACAGUCAGGGAUGCAAGGAAAAAUAUGGAGCAGACUGGGAAAAAUACUGCCAGAUUGUUAGAUACAGAAUCAUUCCAUUUCUAUACUAAACUGAAUGAAGCACAAGCUGAGUUAACUCAGUUUUUAUAUACAUUGUUGAAACAUUUUAAAAUUACAUUUUUCUGUGCUGAUGAUAAAAAUAAAACCCGUAGAAAAGUGAAUGAGCAUACAUGUACUUUACUGGCUGGCUCUUAAUAUGAAGUGAAAAUACUUCUCAACUUCUAACACCCUGGAAUGAUUU